ACAAACAGCAGUUGAUGUAGAGGAGGAAAGAUAUGUUCAGACAUCCGUUUUCACAGCCGUCUUGUGACGACCUAUUUUAAACAUCAACAUGGACUUCGACUACCAGCGCUUAAAAGAUGUUGAAAGCCUCAGGCGAGAGGAGCGAAUCAGCUGCCUGCCUAUCCAACCCCAAAAGCCUGUACCACACCAGCAUUCUGCUCAAGACCUGCCCACCCGCCAGACUCCGCCAAUCAAACCCAGGCGGAGCUUAAAGGUCCCGAAAACCCCUCGGGAGGAGGUGGCGCUGCCAGCCAAACAAACCCAUGGCCAGGAGAAUGAGACAGUAGUGAAGAGGAUGUCUCCUGCUCUGACUCUGGGUGGUCCCGGGCCCCUGGAGCCCUUCUCUCCGUCCCUUCGGGCCCACACCCUGCUGUGGUUCGAGAGGACACAGCUCCCCCGCCUGCGUCGGCCUGGCCGCCCCCUGCCCAGCUGGCUACAUGGCUUCGCCACGCGCAGGGAGGCAGAGGAGCUUCUGAAGGACAAGCAGCAGGGCUGUUUUCUGCUCAGGCUCAGCGAGUCAAAGAUUGGUUUUGUACUCUCGUACAGAGGAAAGGAUAGAUGCCGCCAUUUCAUCAUAGAGGAAGAAGAGGGUGGCAGAGGGGCAUGUUACCUCAUCGCUGGGGAGGAAAGUCGCCAUUGCAGCCUGCAGGAGCUGGUCAGCUACUACACACAGAAUCCCGUGGGGCCCUUCAACGAGAUUCUCAACACGCCCUGUGACGAGUCCAGUGAAACUUGUGAGGGUACAGUUAAACUGGGGUUGCAGGAUAAAGGUGGAGAGACAACGAAAGUGACCGAAAAGGAAGCCACUGUACUGUCAUCAACUGCACCCUCGGCUCCUGACACUGUCCAAGUUCAAGAGAUAUUGGCCAGCUCAGCCCCUACCAACGACGGGACACCAGAGUAUGCUGUGGUGAGGAAGGUGCUCAAGAAGUCCUGUUCUCUACCAGAAAGCCAGCUUGUGAAACUGAUGGAGGUGACAAAUCUGAUCCCCCCCCCUCAAGAUGUGACAAAACCUGGCGUUAGCUGUGCAGGAGGAUGUGGGAGGGGUGAUGACGCCACCGACGCACUGUACGCCCGGGUCAACAAGCCACCAAGCAUGCUUUCCCAAGCAGACAUAACUCCCAAAGUCAAUGUGGACAACCCUCCAGGCCAGAAGGGGGCGGCAGCGUCCUCCGUCCCGCUCACGAGCAGUGGCUCCGCAGGGGACACGGGCUACUGGAAGCUGGAGCCCCUGCACACCUACGAGGAAACCCCUCAUCUGGUCCAACAUGAAGAAGAAGAGGCGAAGGAACACCUAGACUUCUAUGCCAUGGGGUGCUGGCGGGAUGCCGAGAGGAGCGCAGAUCCCCAGCAUCACCUCUACUCAGAGGUGAACCUAAGAAGAACAAGAGAGGCCCCCAGUCACGUUCCCCUUCCAGCCAGGACAGCCCCCAACCGGCCUUUACACCCCCCUCGAUCAGACGGAAAUGUGCAGAGAUGUGGAGAUCCUAUCUUGUCUUCUUCCUCAUCCCGACCUGGGAUCUUUCUGCCACCUCGUUCAAAACAACCUUUGACCGAUGACCAGGGCAACAGCAUCUACGAACAGAUACCAGAGAGGCCAACCAGCGCAAAGCCUAACUACUAAAGACCCUAUAAUACAACUCCUCUUGAAAACCCCAAAAAAUGACCACCCUAUAUCAAACUAUAAACCUUAAGCAUUCUUCACCCAAGACCCUCUCUCAAUUAUCAUUGUGAACAAAAUACUGACAACCCCAAUAUAUUCAGAAGUAAGCCUUACUGUACACUUAAAUCAACAGAUCAAGGUAUAUUAACUAGAGGCUUGAGACCAUCCUGAAUGUCAAGUCUCUGUGUGCCAAAAAUGCAUCUACAGAAGUUAAGCUUCAUUUUGUGCCCCGACCUACCCUUGAAGUGUACACUUGCGCACUACCCCACAAAAAGAUUGAAAGAGAAAAUGGUAAAAAUACAAAAAUCUCACUUUAUAAAACCCAGCUUGUUUAUUUCCCAAACAUGACGAAGUUCCAAACCGCCUGGGAAUUAAGACUUUUUUCUGUAGAAAUUACCGUGGAGGGUUUCAAAACAAAUUAAUUAUAAAAUAAAA